GUUGUGAGAGGUUUGGACAGUAAUAUCAAUUGUGGUUUACACUUGUGCCCGAAGUGGGAAGAUCUGUCCACUCGGCACUACCGUUCGACCUGGGAAAGGUUGCCUGGUAUGGUUCUUCAGGCUAACACCCGGUUCUAUGCCCAAACAACAAGCGGUCGGCCGCUUAAAUACUCAGGGGCGACCCGCAUUGGUCGUACAUGGAUCUAGAAUCCAUGUGCAACGUUGUCAAUUACAUAACAGACCACUCGUGCAACGUUGCUACUUACGUAAUCUGCCUCCCAGUCCGACCGCCUCUGUCCGACUGCCUACUGGUCUGACAAUUACGUACCCGCACCUUCCCUACUCGCAACCUGGGUUAGUGCGAACCCUGCCGCCGCUCCACCUCUGCCAAGGGGGAAAACAUCCACGCCCCCACACGCAUAUGCGCAUGUUCGCUAAGUCGCAACCUAUUUUGUCAAGCCCAAAGUUCAAUGAGCCAUGUGUCGCGCCACAGCUGUGACCUCCCCCACGAUUGAUCCGACGACCGCGUCGGCCAAAAGCAGUUGAACUGUGCUGCGGCGUCCCAGAAAUGGCGCGUUGGACUCGAACUACAAGGUGCUACGCCAUGGAGAGUGCGUGGCUCUUCGCAGGCUCGCUGUGGAUCCGGCGGCCAGCCGCAAUUAUAGGUGUGUGUUUUGCCCUUGUCCGUUGGUUAGCGAAUGAUGAAUGUCCGUUGUUGAUUGGCGAAUGGCGAAUGUCCGUUGGUGGCGAAUGGCGAAUGGCGAAUGGCGAACACCUCCUGCUGACAAUACUGUGGGAAGACUUGGGAUUUGCCGUUGUACGGGUUCGUGCUUACGCUUAGCAGUGUUGCAGGCGGUUGCGCUGUUGUCUUUUAUGGAGUAAGCAGUUGGAGAAAGCAGCGCUUCUCCCUUUACCAGUCCAACCACGUCCAACCACCGGUGGGUCUCCUCGCUCGCUGUGAGCUGCAGCAUGCUUGCUGCCGCGAAACGUGGGAGCAUUAGAUAGGCCGCGGCGUGAGGGCCAUAGCUUCGGCGCAGCAGCGUACAUCCCCGAUUACCGGUAUCGUCAUACCAGCGCACCAGGUUCCCAUAGGUGGCGGGGCUGUGGUGCCCGUGUGGCGGCGUUUGACGCUGCCGUGCACACAUGCGGCGGUGGUUCUGGUGGUGGCGUGGGCGCCGGCGCCUCAUACUACUCAUACGUGCAUGUUGCAUCAGCGGAGUGCUCAGCCAUGAAAGCAGGCCCCGUCAAGGCAUCAAGGCAAGCACGCGGUGGCGUACAAGCAAGCCAGGCCGCCGGCGGAGCUGACAGGAGCGCUGUCUGUUGAAGCGGUGGUGUGGGUGCGUGCUCAGGCACAUGCGGCACUGCUGGCGGCAUCUGCCCCACAGCAGGUCGUGCGGGCUGCUGUGCGGGAAUCCGCUCCAAGUGAUGUGCACGCUGGGGCGUGUCAUCCCGUACUACUGCUGGCGGCGGGGGCACGGUCUGCUGCAUGACGUAAACGUGCGUCGGGAAGGAGGCGCGAGGCGCAUCAGCCGUGCCAUGUGAGCGGCAAGACCCUCAAGAGCGGCUUCAUCCGCUUGAUCGGCGUCGUACAAGUCGACUUGUUGCACGUCAUGAUGGUCGUGACCUCGCCCGCGGUUUGCUUGGAGUUGUGUUGAUGGCGAUGAGUAGCGCCCAUGUCGUGAUGGACGGCUGCCGUAGUAAUGGGACUCAUUGUACGAGUGGUAGUGGCAGUCCGCGAACCGCCGGUCCCUGUUGCGGCCAUGGCGGCGGCCGGGAGACUGGUCACGCCACCGGUGACUGCGGCUGCUGCUUGGUGCAGAGUAGCAUUGCGAGCCUUCCUCGAUGUAGAUGGCGUCAUGAAUUGCUUCUUCAAGUGUCUUGGGCCUCAGCAAGAACACCUGAUCGUAGAUGUCCGGUUGUAGCCCACGAAGGAAGGAGAAGGUAUGGACGGGGUCAGAGGUAUUGAGCGACAGCUGCGACGCCAGGUCACGAAACCGAUCCGCGUACUCUCGCACGGGUUCACGCCGGCGCUGUUGGCAGCGUGCAAGCAGAUUGUAUAACUCCUCCUG